AUGGGUCGAACAUGUCCACACUGUGGAAGUAGUGAUAUUGACGAUGAUCAGGCACGUGGUGAUUCGACAUGUAUGAGCUGUGGUACCGUUCUGGAGGAAUCAACAAUUGUCUCGGAUGUUACCUAUCAGGAACGAUCUGGUGGUGGAAGUGCUUUAGUUGGUCAGUUCGUGUCUCGUGAUCGUGCGCAGCCAAACACCCUGUCCGGUGUGCCGGGUCUACUUCAUCAAGAAUCCAGGGAAGUGACCUAUAUGAAGGGGAAAAAACUGAUAGAAGCAAUUGCAAGUCAGUUGCGUAUAAAUCAGCAUUGUAUCGAUACAGCUUUCAACUUCUUCAAGAUGUGUGUGUCACGUAAUUUCACUCGAGGACGCAUCCGAUCGCAUGUGGUUGCUGCAUGUCUUUACAUGACUUGUAGACUUGAGAAUACUGCGCAUUUGUUGUUGGACUUCAGCGAUGUUACGCAGGUGAAUGUAUUCGAUUUGGGUCGUACACUCAACUUUUUGGCUCGAUCGUUGAAAAUCAAUUUGCCAACAACAGAUCCUUGUUUGUACAUUCUACGAUUUGCGGUCUUAUUGGAAUUUGGUGAUAAAGAGAAGGAGGUGGUAUCGUUAGCAACACGUUUGGUGGAAAGAAUGAAACGUGAUUGGAUUUCGACUGGUCGACGACCGACGGGUUUAUGUGGUGCAGCGUUGGUGUUGGCAUCGAGAUGUUAUAACUUCAAUCGAACGAUCAACGACAUCGUUCGAGUGGUGCAUAUCAGUGAAACAGUUGUACGAAAACGGUUGGAUGAAUUCGGUAGAACACCGUCGAGCGAGUUGACAAUUGACGAGUUUACGACGAUUGAUUUGGAACACUGUGAAGAUCCACCGUCAUUUCAAGAGUCAAGGCGUAGAGUUCGCGAACAAUUGAAACGCAAAGAGGAAGAAGUCGUCAAAGAGAUCGAACCUGAAGUGAUGCCAUUAGAAGAGGAAUUAGAGAAGGCAUUGGAGAGGAAAAGACGUGAGAAGUUCAAAAAGACGUCUUAUGCGAAGAUGAUGAGUGAUUCGUUGGUGAAGGAAGCACCUGAACUGAGGGUAGCCGAUUCAGUGGUACGGAACGAAAUUGUUGAGUUAGCAUUCGAUGCUGGUGAUGAACGACAGAGGCCAUUAACUGGAAUGUCAUCGUGUUACGCACCAACACUCGAAAGUCUUGGUAUAUCUGACCCUCUGAAACCACAGCCUUCAACGACUGCAUUUCACCAGAACGAUUUUGAUGAGAAUGCAAAUGGUGAAUUGGAUUUGGAAGGAAUAGAUGACAGCGAAAUAGAUACGUACAUUUUAUCGACAGAAGAGGCGGAGAUGAAAUCAAGAUUGUGGAUGAAACUUAAUAAAGAUCAUUUGAUUGAAGUGGAGCGAAGACAAAAAGAGCGUGCCGAAGAGGAGGAACGAGACAAAGAGAGUGGUGUAAAAAGAAAGCGAAAAAAAUCGUCUGCAAAUGUGAAGAAAAAAGAGCAAAUCGUGGCUGCAACCGCCCAAGAAGCAAUGGUUAAAGUUAUUCAAGAGAAGAAACUUUCGAAUAAGAUAAAUUACGAGAUUCUGAAAGAAAUGGAAGAUUCGGAGAGUGAUUUGAGCAAAGAGUAUUAUCCAACACGGGAUGAGGUGUUGUCGUCGUUGACGGGCGACGAUCUGAAACGGACCGAGAACGGCCAAGAGCAGUCGUGUGCUGAGCCCGCGAAAACGGAGUGCUUAUCGAGUGAGAAGCAGUCAGAUGAGAACGGUGGUACAUCGUCGAUGAGACGUCGUCCUCUAGUGCGAAGUGUACGAUUCAGAUCUGCGUUGCGAUCGAAUAGGUUCCGUGCUGGUGGUAACGUGCGCACUGCGAAUGAAACGAUUGUUAAGCAAGAAAAUUCACUUGUUGAAGAAAACGAAUUAGUGCAUAGAACAGAAACGGUUGAUGAAUCGUUGGUGGUUGCCGGGGAGAAAGAGGAGAAUUUCAGUGAUGCAAUAAAAAUAAAGAAAGAGGAUUGUUCAGAUUCUCUGGCACAAAAACAAGUGAUUAAUGAAGUUGUAACAUCAAACAAUAGUGAUAAGAGGUCAACGACGACGACGAUCAAUGGAGAAGAAGAUAGGAUCACAGAAGUAGGCAAACGUAUGCGAGUGAACAACAGAAGAACGAGAAAGUCGAUUGAAAAGCAAGAAGAAACAGUAGCGGCGGCAGCAGCAUCAUCAGAAUCAGAAGCUAGUGGUGAUAUUCAAAUGACUGAUAGUGACUUUCAUCAAAGAGCAGUUGAAACUAGUGAACGUUCAGUUGAGGGAUCCACUCUAACGAGAAAAUCGUCGUCACUUACGUCGAAACAUCAUUUCAACGAAGCUGGCGGCAGUAGUGGAACAAGCGCAAAAGCUCGAUAUCGAGCAAUCGGACGAACAAAGCCAAAUCUAAGAGUAGCAGCCAAAAAUACUGUAAAUAAUAUUGUUGACGAUAGUAAUAAUGGUGAUGAUUCUCAACUGGAUGAUGAAAGUGAGCAAGCAGUUGAUGCAACCAACAGCAAUAACAAGGCGUCCAUGAACGAAUCACCUCAGAAAAACGUUUUGUCGGAUGCUUCACCAUCGCAGAGCACUAGCAGUGUGGAUGAUCAAAAAGAAGAGAGGAAAAUAGAAGCGACUAGAACAACAACCAUCAAGAAACCAAUUGACGCGUUGCAAAAACGAACAGCCACUAGCGGCAGAUUGCUUAAAAAGGCCUUAGUAGCAGGAACAGUAGAGGAACGAACAAGGCGAGCACAUUCACCUAAUGCCAGCAGCACACGUGCUGAAUGUUCAAGUGUCAUCCAAGAUUCAACAAGUGAAACUGAUCGUUCAAGAAGAGUCACCGAACGAAGUGUUAAAAAGCACGCAAAUGAAGAUGACAUGGAGAUUGAUACUACUAAUAAAGAAGGCGAGAAGAGUUUUAUGGACGAUGCUGGUAAUGCGACCGAAGGGAUUGCAAGUAACAGUGCGCAACCGUCAGCAAUAGCAACUGUGAACAAGCGCAACACAAGAAGUCGUUAUGUUAAAAUGAAGCCAAACUUAAGUGGUGCUCGCAGUCUGAAAGAGGACAGUCGUAUUCAGUCGAACUGCUCCUCAUCAGAAAUGUCGCAGAAAGUGGACACUGAAGUGGAGUCGUCAUCAUCUUCAAAAGACACACUAGCAGCAUUGCCAACGACCAGUUCAAGUACAGUUUCGAUCGGUCCAUCCGACGAUGUGUUGUCGUCGUCGUGCGAUACGAUAGAUCAUUUAGCAUCAUCCUCAAAAGAAUAUGCAGCGAUCAAAUGCGAUGAUCAUCACAACAAUCAGUCAUCAAAUAAUACCUCUUCUUCAUUAACAACAGUGACCGAUGGCAUUGAUUUGCAAUUACCACCGCAAGUUCAAAAAGAGUAUCAACGAAAUUUUCGUUUGAACAAGUCUCAUAGCUCAACGCAACAGUCGCAUUCUCGAAAUCGUGGUGUACCACAAAAAUCCGAUGUUAUCAACUCGUCCGAUUCUUCCACCACCACCAACAACAACGAUAUACCCCAAACUACCCCGGUGAAAAAUACUGCUGGAUGCAACUCACGAACAGUGGCUAAAACAAAAUCGGAGUCAAGAAAAAGAAACGCCAAGGGAGCGGCAUUGUUAAGUGAUGGAAAAGAUGAUGACGGGAAAGUGAAUGCGACUGAAACGUAUGAAUCACUGUUGUUGUGUGCAUCGAAACGGCGUACGCGAAGCACGGCUGGCCUCAGUAGCAGUGCCAAUCGACGAUAUGGCGGUGACAGUGUGAUUGGUCUGGAGGCGAUGGCUGCGCUGGGACGUGACUGCGUUGCAAAGCCACCUAAUGUUCAUAUUGUACACGGCCAUUUUGAUGCGACACCGUCAACAUCAUCGGAUGUUGAUUUGGAUAGACCAACUACAACGGCUGAUAGUCAUCGUUCGAGUGAUUUGAAUACAGCCAGUGAUCUAGCCACAGCAGCAACAACAACGACGACAAUAACUUCGGAAAGCUCAGGAGUGUUGUCAUCAACAGCAGGAAAUGUUCAUUCGUUAACGAUCUCAUCAGAGCCUUCAAUAGUUUCAUGCCCAUCCACUACUGCGAACAGCAAUCGGCAAUCGCCAACCGAACGCGGCGGCGUUGAUUCAGGCUCGAAUUCGAAUACUUCUCAAUCAGAUCCCCUCCCGUCUUCUUCAUCUCUUACUGAACCAGCACCAUUGGACAGUUCUGAAACGUCACCUUUGAGCAGCACCUCAAACAAAGCCACACUUCGAGGUCGCUAUCUGAAGUUGAAACCAAAUAUCACCGCUCAAAAGCGUCUUCAAAACUUGUCUGCAGCAGCAUCACGAUCGCAGUCGAACAGAAACAAGAAAUAA